UUAACGGUAAGUGAUAAAGUUUGUGUUUUUAAGCAUUCGGUUUUUCAGUCGAUGUCUGAACUAAGGAUUCGUAUCAAAUCUCAUGUAUCUAAAAAAUGUGUGCUUUGUUCACUUAUUUAUUUAUUAUAUUAUAGCUUCUUCGCGUGACAAGUUGCAAUAUAAUUAUAAAUGUUUGUGUUGUUCAGGUGUGUUUGGUGAUGAAGUGAAGUCAGUGUCAGUGAUGGAGGGAGACACUGUCACCUUAUACACUGAUGCGCAAACACAGAGUCAUGAUGUGAUGGAGUGGAUGUUUGGUGUUCAGAGUCCAGAUGAAAUCACCAUAGCUGAAUUCAACAGAGAAGCCAAUUUUAUACAUUUUAUACAAUCAGUUUAUACUGAGAGAUUCAAGAAUCACGUAGAGAUAGAUGAUCAGACUGGAUCUCUCAUCAUCACAAACAUCACAACUCAACACACUGGACGCUAUAAACUAGACAUCAGCAGAAAACCUUCUGUCCUCAUCAGACACUUCAAUCUGACUGUCUAUGCUCGUCUGCCUGUUCCUUUCAUCACCAGAGACUGUUCUUCAUCAUCUUCAUCAUCAUCAUGUUGUUGUGUGUUGUGUUCAGUGAUGAAUGUGUCACAUGAUGUGAGUGUCUCCUGGUACAAAGGAAAGAGUUUAUUGUCCAGCAUCAGUGUGUCUGAUCUCAACAUCAGACUCUCUCUACCUCUGGAGGUGGAAUAUCAGGAUACAAACACAUACACAUGUGUGGUCAACAAUCCCAUCACAAACCUCACACAACAUCUACACAUCACUCAACUCUGUCACACGUUUGGAGUACCUCACUAGGUAGGCUGUCGUCACUCUCUGCUACCUGUCUCCUGUUUUUCACACCCAUCUGCUGUCCAUCUGUUUCGUUAUUUCUCCUGUGGAACUCCCGUAUGUUAGUUUCUCCCGUGAACACAAUCGCGAACGGACUGACGGUGAUCAUGAACAGCCCUAGGAACCCCGUUGGUGACAAGGUGGACUUUUGGGACACGAUGGUACGGUUUGCUUGUACACGCUUUUACCAAACUCAACAUCUGAAGAUAACUCACAUCGUCAGUCGUGUCCGGCGAGUCAUUAUUGUGGUGAAUGCUUUGGUUUUACUGAAGCUGUGAUCCGAUUGGUUCUCUCUGCUCUGGUGGGCGUGGCUACUGUUGCUGUGUUGAUUUACGACAUCAGAUCCAGACGAGAAUCAUCAUCAACUUCACAUCUCUAGAACCUCUCAAGAAGGAGCUGCUCUUCAAGAACAUUUGUGAAUCAAUUCUAAACUGUUGUCUUCAUCAAAACUUUACAUUUUGUCUAAUAAAUAAGUUAAAGUAAUUUUUGUCUAUCAAAAUAUUGAUAGACAUUUAAAAAAAAACUAUUUCAAGUCAAGUCUACUUUAUUUCUAAAUCAUUUAAACAAAAAGUCAAUGUUACAAGUACAAUCACAAUUUUCAUCAAACAACAUCAUUCACUCACAAUGAAACUUGUCGGGGUCUUAUUUUUACUCUUCACACAUGCGGUCUGAUCUGUUUAGUGAACAAACUGUUUAUUCCUAAGAGCCUGUCAAUGUGUGUUUGGUUUGUGUGUGAGGUUUAUUUAGUUCCACUCAUCAUAUGUUUAUAGGCACAUGCCUUAAAUUUAUUGACUGACGAAUAAAACAGUGAAUUUAUCAUUAGUGAUGUG